AUGAGCACUUCGGCGGCAGCGGUCCCCGUUAGGCUGAUGCCCGGCGGGCGCCCGGAGCAGGCGGCGGCGGGGGCCGUGCCACCCGUGAGGCUCCUUUGCGUCCCCGCCGCGGGCCCGGCGGCCGAGGGGGGCAGCCCCGCCGCCAAGGUGCCCGGCGGCCCGGCGCCUUCCGCCGCCCCGCAACCGCCGCGCCUGCCGGCCGUCUCCGGGGGCCCGCGGCCGGUAGCACCCAAGGAGCCGUCCACGGUCACCCUCCGCUUACCGGCCAACUUCCAGCUGCCCCCAGGAGCUAUUCUUAUCAGAAGCAAUAAUGGCCAACUAAUGCUACUGUCUCAGCAAGCAAUAGCACAGGCUCAGAACCAGCCCCCAAAUCACACAAGUGUGAGAGCAUCUGUACCGACCAGCACACCUGCAGUCAGAAUAUGUGCUGUGCAGAAGUCUGGCACCCAGUUACUAAAGAAAGUAGCAGCUACUCCUGGGAAACCAUCAUCUCCAGCAACAAAGGCUGUGGCUUCUCCUGUUCAGCCACCUGCUGCAGUACAGGCAGCAGCUGCAGCAGGCAGUGGUACUGCAGUUACUGCUGCAAAGCCUUCGAGUACUGGAACACCUGUAAAACUUCCAGUUACAGGACCACCUGCACAAGCUAUUUCCCCAAAGGCAGUCUCUGUGAAAGCAGAGGGCACAACAGCAGCACAGACCAGCACUUCUACAGAGAUGCUAGAGAACGUGAAGAAGUGCAAGAAUUUUCUUGCCACGCUAAUAAAACUGGCAUCCAGUGGACCUCAGGCCUCUGUGAUGGGGCAGAAUGUGAAGAACCUGGUGCAAAACCUCCUGGAAGCAAAAAUUGAACCAGAAGAAUUUACAAAGCAGCUGUACACAGAGCUCAAGUCAUCUCCACAACCAUAUUUAGUUCCUUUUCUCAAGAAAAGUCUGCUCGCCCUGCGGCAGCUGUUGCCCAACGCUCAGAGCUUCAUCCAGCAGUGUCUGCAGCAGCCAGCCCCAGCACAAGAAGCUGGUUUAACUUGUGCCCCUGCAGCCCCAGCUCCUUCCACUGGAACAGCCACAGCCUCUGUAGUUGUGAGACCAGUGUCUGCCUCUGGAACAGCCACAGCCUCUGUAGUUGUGAGACCAGUGUCUGCCUCUGGAACAGUCACAGCCUCUGCAGUUGUGAGACCAGUGUUUGCCACUGGAACAGCCACAGCCUUUGCAGCUAUAAAGCCAGCCCUUGCCAGAGCCCCAGUGAAGGCUUCUCUGCAGGUGUUGAAGCCUGCUCCUCCCUCUGCAGUGGUGCCAGCAUCUCUCCGGCCUGCACCCUCAGUCCUCACCACAAGGACAGCACCAUCAGGCCUGAGUGCUGUCCAAGCUGUCAAGCCAGCCUUCACUUCUGCAGCAGUGACAUCCUCUCUCCAGUCUGUGAAGCCAGUGCUGGUCUCUACAGUGACCUCUUCAUCACCAAGCCCUCUGCAGCCCCUGAAGCCAGUGGCUGGAACUCCCAUCAGAAUCAAAGUCCCCCAGCCAGGCUCCGUGGCUGCACAGUCAGUGGGUGCUCAGCAGGUGGUUAAGGUGAAACAGUUGGUAGUCCAGCAACCACCAGGAACCAUUGUAAAGCAAGUAUCCACACUGCCCCAGCCCUCAACACUGACCCUGCAGACAUCUGCUGAGGAAAGGAUGCCACUGAAUACACUGCUUCAGACUAACCAGUUGCCUCCAGGUUCCAUUCUGAAACAGAUCACCCUGCCAGGAAAGAAAAUUCUGUCCCUUCAAGCAUCUCCUCUUCAGAAAGCUGGAAUAAAAGAGAAUGGAGCAGCAUCCUUCAGAGAUGAAGAUGACAUCAAUGAUGUGACCUCCAUGGCUGGGGUCAGUGUGGCCGAGGAGAGUGCCUGCGUUUUGGCAGCCAGCUCUGAGCUCAUCGGUACUGUCGUCCACUCUUGUGCAGAUGAACCUUUUCUCUCCUCAGAAGCACUUCAGAAGAAGAUCUUGAAGAUAGGUGAGAGGCAUGGCAUUGUGGAGCUCAACUCUGAUGCUGUGAACUUGAUCUCCCAAGCUACCCAGCAGAGAUUAAGAGGGCUCCUAGAAAGACUGACUGUAAUUGCUCAGCACAGAGUAUCAACCCACAAGGGCAAUGACAGGUACAUGGUAUCUAGUGACACCAGAGCACAGCUGAGGUUUCUUGAGAAGCUGGACCACCUGGAGAAGCAGAGGAAGGAUGAAGAAGAACGUGAAAUGCUGCUUCGAGCAGCCAAGAGCCGUUCCAGCAAAGAGGAUCCAGAACAACUGCGGUUAAAGCAGAAAGCGAAAGAGAUGCAACAAAUGGAGUUAGCACAGAUGCAACAAAGAGAAGCCAACCUCACAGCUUUGGCAGCCAUUGGACCGAGGAAGAAAAGACCAUUGGAUUCAUCAAGUGGUGAAUCUGGGCUGGAGGGCUUGAAUGGCAAUGGAAGUGCUCCUGGAUCAGCAGGUUUCAGCCUCUCCAAGCAGCUGCUCUGCCCGAGAAUCACCCGCGUCUGUCUCAGGGACUUGAUCUUCUGCAUGGAGCAAGAGCGGGAGAUGAGACGCUCCCUGACCUUGUACCGUGCCCUGCUGAAGUGAGCUGGGGCUGGAGUCCCACCUGGCUCCCUACUGCCAAAGAAAA